CGGAAUUUGGGCUCUACACCCCUCACCACUCACCACUUCCGUCCCUAGGAAAUUUUUGACGCACAUUCUGCCCAACGUUGUCGUCGCUGCUCUCUGAAGAGUCAUCCACACUUCCUUCCGCACUUCAUACGCUCUGUACUCCAGAAAGCGAUUUUCCAAUCGGAACCACCGCAAACUCACUGCGCCGGCCCGUUUGUGUAAAGGAACGAACAUGGAAAGAGACUCGCACCGUAGAUUCCGCGAUAUCCAUGGGAGUAGAGAAAAUCUGAUUUCCAGCGUAAACGACAUCCUGGAAAAAGCUCUAGUGAAAGUCGUCGAGGAUAAUGCGCCCAUGAGCCUACGAUACAUCACGCCUCAUCAGCUCUCCACCGGCUGGCUGACAGAUGAGCACUGUUCCGAAUAUGCCCUUACCCUGCCAGGUGAACUUCCACCUGGUGAAGAGUACAUAUCCGUUUCAUACACCUGGGCCCAUUCGCAAGAGAUAGACGCAUCAAUGCCUAUACCAGACUAUCGGAUCAAGGACCAAGCUACUCCAGAUGCGCCCUCCAGAUCGAUCAACUGUCCUACUAUGAUAUUUCACCGUGCAUGGUGUUUCGCGCGAGCACGCAAAAUUCCCUACAUCUGGAUCGAUCAAGAGUGCAUAUAUCAGGACAACGCAGAAGACAAAGAGAGGCACCUGCAGAUCAUGGACAAGAUAUACAAGAGAAGUAAAUGGACCGUUGCCAUAUUGUCAAAACAAGUUCCCGACGCCAUGCUCAGCGCUCUGGCGCUCCAUUCGCACCACGACGAUCAGAGAACGCGAGUGUCUUGCUUUGAGUUCGAUACCGAUGAACACCCAUCCAAGCCACGUUUUGAAAAUUGGCCGGAUGGUGUUGAUAUCUCGCCGCUUUACAAUGACUUCAAGAAGAACUCUGACAAGAUCAUGUCCUCUAUACUUUCCGACCGAUGGUUCACACGCGCCUGGACAUUCCAGGAAAGAUUAUGUGCUUCAGCAUGCGUAUUGCUAGCUCCAGCUGGAAACAAAAGCGACGCUGCUGCGCAGUUGCCUUUGGACUGGAUUGGAAACGAUGUCGGCUUCUCAUUUCGCACCAUGUGCAUAACAACGUUUUUUCGCCCUCCAGCUCCAUCUGAUAAUGCCGAUGUACAUCGGCUUUUGCUGGAAUCUUUCUAUUACGAAAGAGAUACGUCAAAAUCUUUGGUGCACUGGCUGCUAUUCAGGGCGAUGGAGAGAUGUGACAACCUGAUCUGCUCAGAUAGGCUCACAAUAUAUGCAAAUGUCUGCAGCUUCCGCUAUAAGCUGAACUCCACGAUAUUGAAUGACAUAAAGUACAGCUACAGUACAUGUUUGCUUGCGCUUGUAAUGGCAAAUGAAGUCAAGGAUAAGCUUACUAUUGAUUCACCGAAAAUCGAUCCGUCAAAUCUGAAUGUAGACCAGAAUGUCGAAUGGUAUUUGGGAAGCAAGCGAGCUAAACAGAUGUCUGGGUAAUCUUUCUAGCAGUGGCUACUUUCAUCAUAUGCAUCCUUAUCGAGCGUAAUCACGUUUCUUUCCAUGACUUGUAUUACAUCUCGCGGCCCGUUACCUGAUUCCAAUGCCAAGUACGACAUGUAUCUCCGGGACUGUCACCGACUACAACGCCUUACAUGCAGGUACCCACCUUCGCCUCGAAUCAUUUAGUAGCAUACGCGGCAUCGUAAAUCAGGCCCACACGACUUCUGAACGACAAUUAAUCUUGGUUUGGCAGAAAAAGUGCUGCUCGUCACGAAUGUGCUCUGGCUUG